AUGGCUUCUCCAAUGAAACUGUCUUUUACCCUCUUCUUUGCAUUCUCCAUGUUCCUUCAAGGCACACUAGGGGAGGUGAUUUGUGAAACUUUGCCUACAAAUCUCUGUUCCUUUUCAAUUGCAUCUUCUGGUAAAAGGUGUGUAUUGGAGAAUUACAGAAAUCAAGAAGGAAAGCUGGAAUAUACAUGCAAAACAUCAGAAGUGGUUGUUGAAAGAAUUGCUGGAUAUAUAGAGUCGGAUCAAUGUGUUAAUGCAUGCGGGGUUGAUCGGAGCUCCGUCGGAAUUUCUUCCGAUGCCUUCCUUGCCCCGCAGUUCACCGCCAGACUUUGCUCGCCGGCUUGUUACCAGAACUGCCCUAACAUUGUUGACCUCUACUUCAACCUGGCUGCUGGUGAAGGAGUAUAUUUGCCUGCUCUUUGCGAGAAACAAAAGACGAACCCCCACCGUGCCAUGUUGGCGCUUUUGAGCAGCGGUGCAGCCCCUGGUCCUGUGGCUGUUGACUCCGCUGAUUUUGUCGCUUAUGCCCCGGCUCCAACAUCUUCUGAUUUCGUUAGCGAUGCUCCUGCUUCGGCUCCUGCUCCCGCUCCUACAUUUUUCUAA